AUGAAAGAAACAAUCUCUGAGAAACUUGAGAAAUAUUUCUUUAACCUUCAAUAUGAAGAUUAUGAUAAGGCUGACCAAAAACUUAUUCAGCUUUUAUCUUUAGAAACUAAAGAAUGCGAAGAAUUGUAUCAAAAAGAACCCAAACUUUUUGAUCAAUAUUUUAGAAUGACUAAAAUAGAUGAACAUGAUACUGAAUCAGAACAAGAAGAUAACUUUAAAACUAAUACAAAGACUGUUAAGUUCGAAUAUUUAGAUAUGGAAGAUGAUGAAGCAGAAUCUUCUUAUGCAGCCACAAGAAGAGGCAAUAAAAAGAAAUAUGAGUUCAAAAUGCCUGUACACAAUGGUAUUCCAGAUAGUAGCAAAGGACCCAAUACGAUCAAUAUACUCAAUAUUGAUUGUAUCCAAGAUCUAAAACUCAGAGAAAGAGUUGUAGAAAAAUGGGUUACUGAGAUUUCACUAAUCUUACAGACAAACCCAGAUGAAUUUGAAAAAGCAAAAAAUGUUCUUCUACUUUUAGAACACAAAACUGAUGGAAUUGUGCAAAAGUUCCUAAGAAACAAUAAUUGGAAUGAAGAUUUGCAUGGUUCAGAUCUUUUUGAUAAUCUCAUAAAUGUCAUAUACACUACUUUCUUAGGUCUUGAUUAUAUUUCUAAUAAAGACUUUACCAUUAAUAAGAAAGUUGACGUAGCAAGAGUUUCAAUGACAAAACUCCAAUUACAUGAUAUUAGUCUUCUCGACAAAUACACAUGUAUGUAUGAAUCAUAUUUAUAUGAUAUUCCCCAGAGAAGUGAAUAUGCACAAUGGAUAUAUGCUUAUCUAAUGAAAAUUCCAAUUAUUGGAGAAAUCUGUACUGAAAGAUGGAAAAAAGAAGCUACUGGAGAAAUCCAGCAAACCAGUCUUUCUUAUGCAACAAAAAUUGCAAAAAAAAAAUACCCUGACAAAGUCAAGGUUUUACAAACCGCUAAUAAUGGAGGUUAUGAAGCUCUUGAAGAGGAGUAUGAAGGUAUACAACAUGUCUUUACAUUUCAUGUUGAAACUGAUUCUUCAUCAAAUUCCGAUGAAAACGAAUCAACCACGGAUGACUCAGACUAG